AUGCCGCCCGCACCGCCGUCCCCUCCCCUGUCCUACACCACGGCCCCCGCCGUCCUCCCCUACACCCUCCGCUUCCACCCCUACCGCCCGUCCUCCUCGCCCAACCACACCCACCGCCUCUGCGUCGGCGCCGCCGUUCUCGCCCCGGCCCCGGCCGCCACUCCCAGGAUCCUCCUCCUCCGCCGCUCCGCCCGCGAAAAGUCCCUCCCGCACCGCUGGGAGCUCCCCGGCGGCGGCGCCGACGCCCCGGACCGCGACGCCCUCGCCGCCGCCGCCCGCGAGCUGUGGGAGGAGACGGGGCUGCGCGCCGCCCGCUUCGUCGCCCUGGUCGGCUGCUACCAGUGGGAAGGUGCCGGGCCCGGCAUCCCCGCGACGGCCGUCCCGGGAGACCAGGCUUGGGGCCUGGCCGGCGGCGGCGUGGGUGUGGGCGUCGUGGAGGCCUCUUCCGCGGCUGCCGCCGCGGAGGGAGCCGACGCGACAGCAGCAGGAGCAGCAGGCCGCGACGCGUGGCGCAAGUACACUUACCUCGUCGAGGUCGAGGCCCCGGCGGGCGAGGAAGGAGCCGCCGCCGCCGAGGUCGUCGUCGACCCCGAGGAGCACGACGCGUUCGUCUGGGCCACGGAGGAGGAGGUGCGCGCGGGCCGGUGCGGUCGCGUCGUCUUCGAGUGGACCUCGGACGCCCAGAGGCUGGACGUGUUGAGGGCUUUCGAGGUCGCGAGCAGGAAGCGUUGA